UGCCUGGGUGAGGAGCUGGGGGUUGUUCCAGCUGAUAAUGAGAAUACACAAGACUUUCUUCACAGCAGCAGACCUGAGUCACCCAGCAGUGAGUGCUGAUCACCCCUGACCGGGGCUGGAGGGAAGGCGACCUCCUCUCACUGUCUCCAUUCCUGGCUGCAGUAAGUAAGAAAUCCUCAAGCUUCUGGAAGGAGACCCCACCUACCCCUACUGCUGAAAACAUUGAGUAAACUGUAUUUUAGAUAAAAAAAAUCUUUCAAUGCGAAAGCGACUUGGAAGAAAUCGGCUCUGAAACCCCAACGAAGAACCCGGAAAAUUCUACCGAGAUCAUACAUAGGCUUCCCUCUAGACUGGACCCAACAAUGGCGUCGCCUCUGCACCGGUAUGGGAAAGUUCUGCCUCUGUAGAGUACAGCUGUAGGAACUCUCGGUGACUCUCCAAGGCCUUAGGGCAACGGUGGCUGAAGACUAAGGAACUGGUUCUACUGCAUUUUUUAUUUUAAGAAGUCAAUAUCACUCAGGCGUGAGUUCGGAAUUUUUUGGAGACUUCCUUUUGUUCGGUGAUCACAUAACGUAAACUUUACACUUUUGCUACCUCAUCUUCUCAGGACUGUGACUUUCUCCGGCAGUCUGUCUGGAUCACUACAACAGAUAUGGCCUACCAGAAUUUAAGCAACCCGGCUUACAGCCCUGGACCUGCUGCAGAAACUGGAGGGAUCAAGAUCUUCAGUGAUAUGGUCCAUUCCUACUUGGACCUGGUGCAGCGAAAUGCCUUUCCUCCGGCUUUCAUUGGACAACUAUUGAAUGACACGCAAUCAAUUAACAAAAACUAUCAAGAAAUUCUGAUGUAUGAAGUCGGCUAUCUGGUUGCCCUCGCCAUCGGCUUGCUCUUCAUCAUCCUGGUGACGCUGGUGGCCCUGUUCUUCCCGUGCUGCCGCUGCUGCGGGAACUGCGGUGGGAAGAUGUACCAGAAGCAGACCAAGAGGAUAACCUGCAAGAGGCGCUUCAUCUACUUCUUCCUGCUGAUUAUCACUCUCAUCAUCCUGGCUGGCGACAUCUGUGCGUUUUACAGCAACAGCAAAAUAGACACGGCGGUGAAGAACGCGUUCCCCACCUUUAAUAACACUGUGGGCAACCUGAAGACCUACGUCAAUGCCGUGCCGCAGGAUGUUGACGCCAUCACUAAUUCCAGCAGCAUACCUAUAAACCAAGCCAACAGCAGUGUUAUUGGUAUCGGUCCGAUUCUUGGCGGAAUGAUAAAAAAUGCCAUCGAGAAGCAAGCCAAUGGAACGCUGAGCGCUGUGCAGAAUAUGGUGAAUGGUCUGAACAACACAGCCAAGGCCUUGGUGAAAGUGAACGACACCUUCAACAUCCUGCAUGAUCAGCAGAACCAACUCGUGCAGAACCUCUCCAUUGUGCAAUCUGAUAUUACGAAUACGCUGAAUAAUUGCGGCGCUCCGUGCGGCGGCGCCCCACCGCCCAGCAGCCUGACCAUAGAUGCCAACUUCAGCUCGAUUCCAGAUUUUUCCGGCCAGCUGAAAACUAUUAAUGAUUUCCUGAACUCGGGAAUUGACGGCACAAUCCUCAAAGCCCGACAGACCAUAAAUGACAUCCCCCAGACUGUGGCCAAUCAAACGACGAGCUCGGUACAAGAUGUACAGAAUCAGCUGGUGAACAUAAAACAGAAAAUCGCAGAAGCCAGAAGCAAAAUCCCCAUCGUGGAUACAUUGAAGUCCAUCAAUUCCAUGUUGGAUCAAGCAACCAAUUUCACCAGCAAGAAUGAGCGGGAUAUAUUGACAUACGAGUAUUACAGGUGGAUAGUUGGGAUCUGCCUCUCCUGCAUCAUUCUCCUGGUGGUUGUGUGUAACCUGUUCGGCCUUUUGCUUGGCCCCUGUGGUCACAGUGAGAGCAAGGACCCCACAGAACGCAGCUGCGCCUCAAACUCCGGAGGGGACUUCUUCAUGGCAGGCGCUGGAUUCAGCUUCAUCUUCGCCUGGCUGCUGAUGCUGGUCACCGCCAUUUUGUUUGCUGUUGGAGGAAACGUCUACACGUCACUCUGCAAGCCGUGGACCAAUAAACAACUUUACAAGGUUGUGGAUGAGAAUCUGAAUAUCACCAAACUGCUGAAAAUAGACGGCGUUAACCUGAGUAUUGCCAACAUCUACAGUGACUGUGAGAACAAUACCUCCCUGUGGACCACACUGGACCUCGGCUCAAAAUUCAACCUGGACGAAACCCUCAAUAUCAGUCAGUACACCGCUUCUGUCAAUUCGACGCUGGAAAACACGAAAGUCAACGUGAACAACAUCACCUUCAUGGACGCCAACCAGAAGAAGCAGGUGUCCAACGUGGCCAAUUCAGGCGUGGACACCCUGGACUUCAACAACAUCAAUCAACAGAUGACCAAAGGAAUUACGAAGACGGAUCUGAGGGGAUAUGCCAAUCAACUGGACAACAUCGCUAACAAUCCUUCAACUCCCAGCGCCGUAAAAACGAAUCUGACCAACCAAGCGAACGCUCUGCGGGCCAUCCAGGCCUCCAUCGACGCCAAUCUCCUCCCGCAAGUCAAAAGUCUGAAUAGCAGUAUCGCCGAUCUCAAAGCCUCGUCUAAGAAUUUGCCGGGCUCUCUGAAUGACACUCUGGCUUCUAUCAGUGCCACUCAGAACUUUGUGGACACGCAAGUGGUUUCCAUAGUGAAGAAUGAGACAUUGGUGUAUCUGAAUAGAAUAUUGGGCUAUUUUGAGACCUACAUCAGUUGGACAAAGAACAUGCUGACCACCCAACUCGCCCGAUGCAAGCCCGUGGCCAGCGCAUUGGACUCGGCGGAAAUCCUGGCCUGUCAGGAGCUCGUGGAUUCUUUUAACGCGUUUUGGUUCAGCCUGGGCUGGUGCACCAUCUUCUUCAUCCCCAGCAUCAUCCUGUCCAUCAAACUGGCCAAAUACUACCGCAGGAUGAAAACCUCCGACGUCUACGACGCCCCGAAUGACCACCUGGAAAUGACAUCUACUUCCCAGCAAUUCCUCAUCCCGAGAGUAACUACAAAGUCCUGAAGGGGGCAGCACUGUGACCAUCAGGACCUCCCAUGACCACCAUUACCGUGGAUUCCAGCCUCCAAUCUUGCGUGUGUGUGAAUGACGCACACGGAGACAAUCGGGAACGUUGUGACUAUUUAUUGCAGAUUUUCUAUUUAUUUCCCAUUCUAUUUCACGGAUACACCGCCGGCUGUGACGGGUUCUGAACCCCGAAACCC